UGCAGAUGAGAAGCAACCAAAUUGUUCAUCCAGGGACAUUCCGGUGGCGGCUGGACUGGAAAUAAUGUGGAUUCCAGGCUGGGAUGUCCUGUGGGGAUUGUUCAAGCAAAAACUCCACAUUCACAUCAGUUUUUCUGUGCCAGAGCAUUAUAGAACAUAAAGGAAGUCUGAGAAGUUGACCAAAAACACCCAUUUUACAGAGGAGUUCCAAUUGCAAUGCAAGUUCAUAUCCAGAAAAUUUUCCUGAAUGACACUGAAUGAAAAUCAUUGUUUAUCUUCAGAGAGUGUCCCAAGUACUUUCACUUUACGAUACCUGCCUCCCCAGUGUCUUCUAGGCAACUCAGUUCCAACAGCCGCAAAAGGGAAGUGCUGAAAGCCAAAGCACCAGAGUCCCUUGUUCCAUCCUUUGUCUUCAUGUCACUUUGGAUCUGAAUAUCAUUCUGUCCUCGGGAAUAAAGAAUGCAGUCUAAGGAUGAUAUCUUCUGCAUUUUACAUAUGCUUCAGAUUAUAAUUGGAGUCUUUGGGAAUGGUUUACUCCUUUUCUUGUAUGGCUUUAAUUUAAUCACUGGUCAAAGGAUAAGACCAAUAGAUACGAUUUUUGUUAAUUUGUUCCUUUCCUAUAUUCUAAUGAUUCUUUUCAGGGGAGUUCCCACAGCAAUCCAAAUGUGUAUCCAGAAACUUUUCCUGAGUGACACUGAAUGCAAAAUCAUUGUUUACCUGCAGAGAGUUUCCCGGGGACUUUCACUUUGCAAUACCUGUCUCCUGAGUGCUUUCCAGGCCAUCACCAUCAGUUCCUACAACCCCAAAUGGGCCAAGCUCAAAGCCAAUGCCCCAAAAUACAUUGUUCCAUCCUGUGUGUUCAUGUGGGUACUCAAUUUGUUGGUAGAUGUAGUUGUGCCUCUACAUGUGAGUGGCCCUGGGAACAACACAUUCAGUCACCUUAAGAAGAACCUUGGAUACUGUUCAAUAGACUGGCAUGCCAUAACAACUUCCAAUCUUGUUAUGUGGAAGACACUUUAUGAUUCGGUAUUUCUAGGCUUCAUGGCCAUUUCCAGUGGCUACAUGGUGCUUGUUUUGUUUAGACACAGAUGGCAAGUCCAACACCUUCAUAGCACUAGCUUCAACCCUAUUGCCUCCCCAGAAACCAGAGCCACUAAAGUAAUCUUGUUGCUCAUGAUUUCCUUUGUAUGCUUUUAUUCAGUUAGUUCCAUCUUUGUUAUUGUAAUGGAAAAAUUUAAAGAUACAAGCCAGUGGAUUAUACAUAUGUCUGCGUUUUUUAGUUCAUUUUACUCAACAUUAAGUCCUUUUGUUUUAAUCAGUAGUGAUUCACAGAUCCUCAGUUGUAAUAUUUUCAAAAGAAAAAAAAUUUCUUAUCCUCAUUCAUUAAAAAUUCAGAACAGAGACAUUUUAACUAGGAAAUUUCAAACCAAAAAAUGA